GCCAUUUGGUCAUGCAGUGCGCGUCUUGGACACGGCGCUGCGCUCUCGGCGCUCCGCCGCUCUGCUCCUCUGAAGGCACACCCCGCCCUCCCUCCAUCCCUCCCUCCUUCUCCACCUCUACCAGUACACCACACACGAGGGGGAGAGAGGACGUUCAUCCGCGUCUUUCAUAGUAACCGGGACACGCCGUUCACUGCCAGACUUCUCAGCCAGGACACCGGAGUCUCUGACCGAUCCUUCCCGGAGGUGUGUCCCGCUCCUCCGCUCCCCUGCCAGCAGCUCCGCGCCGUUCCGGUCCUGUUGGGUCCGAUCGCUUCCCCCCUGGAGAACAGUUUAUUCCCUGGAAGCUGGAUGAAUUAUUGGAGAGUUGUGAACAAGUGCGAGAAGAAAGCUGAGGCUUGGGAUCUGCCUCCUCGCUCCGUCCAGGGAAGACAAGACUCAGCCAGAGUUGUGGACGAUAAUGGAGGGGACGUCCCUGUAUCUUCCUAUUGUUAUUUUACUGAUGCAAUGUUCCCCCUCCGUUCCUGUUACCGUGGCGACCAAGAGCCACAAGGUGGAGGUGCGCGAGUUCUCAGAUGCGGUGCUGUCCUGUACGUUCCGCACAGAGAAAGACCAGAACCCGCGCAUCGAGUGGAAGAAGAAGGGGAAAGAUAUUUCCUUUGUGUACUUUGAUGGACAAUUCAAAGCUCCUUUUGAGGGCCGGGCGACCAUUGAAGGGGCCACGGUGACGCUGCAAAGGGUGACUCUGGAAGACGCUGGGGAUUACCGCUGUGAGAUCAGUGCUCCACUUGACUCCGUCACCCUGGGCGAGACCAACAUCACACUCAAAGUCCUGGUGCCCCCACACAUCCCGUCCUGCGAAAUCCCCAGUGCGGCAGUGACGGGCUCCGUGGUGCAGCUGCGCUGUAGGGACCAGCAGAGCAUCCCGCCUGCUACAUACUCCUGGUUCAAGGACAGCAAGCCAAUCGGCCAGCCACGCCACGGCAACGCCACCUAUCUAAUCAACUCACACACAGGCGUACUGGAGUUUAGAGCUGUAGCCAAAAACGACACCGGUCGAUACAGCUGCCAGGCUGCGAACGGAGUGGGUUCACCCAAGAUGUGCAAGGGCAAGCACAUGACGAUAGAGGACGUCAACGUGCCGGCCGUGGUGGCAGCGGUGGUGGUGGUCUGCCUGGUCAUCGUGGUCUGUGGAUGUGGGGGAUUCCUCUUGCACCGCAACGGCUUCUUCAGCCCAGGACACAGAGGAAGGUCCUUUUGGAUCUCCCAGUGUCAUGGUGCAGCCCACAUCAGCAGCCAAACCCUGCACAGAACUGAGGACACAUCCAAUGUCAACUACAUCCCUCCGCCCCAAGAACCCCAGGAUUUCAAACACACGCAGUCAUUCAUGCUCUAAGAAGCUGGCCUUCCUUUGAGAACACGUCACCCUCGUGAUAUGGUGCCAAACACUGGAUUAUCUGGUUAACUCGACCCCUGGACUCUGAAUGAGCUCUCAAUCUUCUAGUUCAUGCUAAUUUCAAUCCUUCCUGUACCACUCCUUUUGAUUGACAAGACAAAUGUACAAGGCUUCUUACACUCUUGCUUUGCCCUGUGUGGGUCGCUCCAGUCAGUGAUGGUCUUAUGGAUAAGGAACAGUUGUAUGACGUUCUGCUCCCCCCUGGUGGUCAUAUGUUGAAGUUCCAAUCGAUCCUUUCUGAAUGAUCCAGGGAUGACUUGAUCUUUUUACGUACACACUUUGUUUCUUCCCCCAGCGAAUGGCCAAUGUUUUCAACCUCCUUUUAUUUUAUACCAAAGACUGACCGUGUAAUUACAUUUACUUUAAAAGUGGGGAAUUCUUCUAAAAGCCAUAGAGAAAGCAUUACUUCCAAUCUACUCAAACAGAAAUGUGGUUUACCUCAGCAUCUGCCAAUGUUUUGUCUUCUGUAACACUGGGGUUCCCAGGGGCCACAGCGCCACACAAGAUCCUCAUGAUGUUAGUAACCAGUCCAGGAGAACAGGAAGCCACUCCGGCCAGUUAUAUUGAGACCAACCCCAUUCCAUCCUGAUGUGCCUGCAUGGUCUUUAUAUAUCUACAUACAUAUAUAAAUAUAGUAUGUAUAUUCUCUCUCACACAAACACACACACACGCACACAUAUACCUUGUGCCUUUUUAAUUUGUCUGUCAUAUCUAUCUAUGAUCACACUUUUUUCGUAAAGAACUUGCCUUACUUUUUUCUGUCGUUACAUUUUGUGCCACUGUUUAUCAAUGUUUUAUCAAAAAAUGGAGUGUCUGUUUUUAGACAGUGUGUGUAUGGAUUGUUCAGAGUUUUAUUUGAAUGGUGUAUCCGUAAUAAAAGGGUUUUCUAUUCAAAACCA